AUGAAGAAGAAUAACAAUGAAAUAGAUGUUAAGAGUGUUGAUACUCCAUCUUUAGAUGUCGAUAAGGGUGAACAUUUUGAUUUCUCCCUAGUUCAUGAAAAAGCGGCUGAAGAUCCAAAUUUUCAGUACUUGAAAAAUUUCGAUGUCGAAAAAUAUGCCCAUGAAGAUGUUACUUACAAGCAAGUGGUUAAGAAGUUGUAUAAACAAUUUGCAUGGAUUAUGACCAUCGCAUAUUUCCUUCAAUUCAUUGAUAAAGUUAUGCUUAAUUAUGCUAGAAUCAUGGGAUUAGUUAUUGAUUUGAACUUGGUAGGAAAUCAAUUCUCCGAUUUACCAACAUAUUUCUUUGUAGCCUAUAUCUUUGGGGAAUUUUUCCAAAGUUUCCUUAUUCAAAGAUAUCCUGUAACCAAAGUGUUAGGGGCAAAUAUUGUUAUAUGGGGAAUAUUAACAGGAUUUUGUGCUUUAACCAGAAAUUUUGCUGGAAUUUUAACCGUAAGAAUCUUAUUGGGUUUAGCUGAAAGUGCUGUUAUACCUUGUAUGGUACUUAUCACUACCAACUUUGUUGAUACUAAAGAUACUGCAUUCUUCACUGGUAUUUGGUAUUGUGGUUCGGGGUUAGGUCAAAUUUUUGGUGGUUUAAUCAGUUACUUGUUCCAAUUAGUUAGCCCUACAGCUCCAGUUGCUGGUUGGAGGAUUAUGUUCAUUGUUAUUGGGAUCUUGAACGCUAUAGUUGGGAUCUAUAUCUAUUUCUUCUUACCCAGUACCCCAUUAACCAAUAGUAAAUUGACUCCUAAAGAGAAAUAUGUUUUAUUGUUACACUUGAAUAAGGCCAAAAUUGGUAUCAACGAGGCCAAAAAAUUCAGUUUGAGACAAUUAGGUGAAUUUUUCAUGGAUAUUCAAGCUUGGUUAUUCUUUUUUAUCUCAGCUACUAUUUCAUUUUCCUCCAACACCAUUUCAACCUUUUCAUCAUUGGAUAUCAUGUCUUUCGGUUUCACCUCCAGACAAGCAGCUUUAUUGAAUAUGCCAAGUGGAGUUGUCAGUAUUGUAUCAUCAAUUGUAUCCACUUAUUUCAUUAGAAAGGGAUUUCCUAGAUUCCUUGCCAUUUCAAUCUUGUUAGUUCCAGCAGUUUGUGGAGGUGCCCUUAUGUCAUUCUUACCCAAAUCCAAUCAAGCAGGGUUAUUGAUUGGUAUUUACAUGAUUAAUACUGUUACUGCACCUCUAGCUAUUUGUUAUGCUUGGGCUGGGGCUAAUGUAGCUGGAUCUACUAAGAAAAUCGCUUUCACAGCUUUAGCUAUCAGUGGAGGAUUUUGUGUAGGUAACAUCACAGGACCUCAGAGUUAUAGAGCCCAUGAAGCCCCUGAUUACUACAGUGCCAAAAUCUCUAUGUUGGCAACUCAAGCUGUAAGUAUAGUAUUGGCAUUAAUCAUGGCAUUCAUUUAUUAUGCUAGAAACAAAGCUAGAUCUAAGUAUACGGAAGUUGAAACCGAAGAAGAAACCUGGGCCGAUAGAACUGAUUUCGAAAACAAAUCUUUCCGUUACAUUUACUAA